AAUUUGUGCUUCUGGGUUAUUACUAGCUGUACUCCACAGAUUGGGACAACAUCUGCAUUUGUUUUAAUCAGAAGAAGUUGAAAAAAUGAGUUCCAACUCCGAAGGUGAAACUCCAGAAUUUCAAACUCCAUGGAGAGCAAUGACUUGGGGGAACCCAAGUAAAGUCUCUUUAAUAAGUGGCAUUAAUCAGAUACAACCAUCCAUAACAAAUCUGAAAUGCUUGAGGGUGAUAGUGGUUGGCCCACCUGGUUCAGGAAAAUCAAGUUUCAUAAACUCUGUUAACAAUGCCUUCCAAGGACGGAUAACUAGCAAUGCAAUGAGUGACUCCUGUGGUGGUGGUAAAAGUUUCACAACAGAACAGUACAGAGAAUGUAAAAUGAAAACUGGGAACCCAAAAUUGCCUAUUGUCUUCAGUGAUGUCAUGGGCUUGGAAGCAGAAGACAAGAAAGGAUACCAUCCGGAUGACAUCAUUCAAGCCAUAAAUGUCAACCUAAAAUAUGGAUAUGAGUUUAAUCCAGAAAAGCCAAUAUCUCCAGAAGAUCCAUACUAUAAUAAAGACCCAGAUCUCUCUGAUGAGGUCUACUGCCUGGUCUAUGUUUUAGCAGCUGAUAAAAUCAGAUUGGCACAGGAUGAUAUUUUUAAGAAGCUGAGAAACAUUCGUCUGAAAGUUUGUAAGACUUUUGGGUUGCCUCAGGUCGUUGUCAUGACAAACGUGGAUCAAGUAUGUCCUGUGGUGAAAAAUAAUAUAUGGAAGGUCUACCAUAGCAAGAAAAUUAAAGAGAAGAUGGAAUUGUGCAGCAGUUCAUUGGGUGUUCCAAUGUGUCACAUCUUUCCAGUGAAGAACUACCAUGAAGAAAUUGUAUCAAAUGAAUACAUGGAUAUUCUGAUUUUACAAGCAUUCACGCAAAUUAUACAGCUUGCUAAAGACAAUGUAGAGAUUCGUUUAGAAAAGAAAGACAGCCAGAAUGUGAGAGAGAAACAAACAAAAUCUGAGUGAGAAAUAUGACUAUCCUUGUAUGAUAGUUGAAACAAACUUGUGAUGGUGAUUGCUGCAUGGCGUCAAUAUUUGACGCCACUUGACCAUGCGUCAAUAUGUUACGCGGAGGGUAUACCCUUCGCGUCAUUUUUUGACGAACUGGGGACUUCAAUACUAUUAGGUACGCGAAAUUAAACAGUUGUCGCCUGACAUUGGGGUUAGGGAUAGGUUUGGGUAGGGAUGUCAUUAUGUAAAUCUAACCCUAAACCGACGCGAAAAUGGUAAGAAAAUGGUACGAAAAUAGGAAAGAGAAUGCAACGGACUCAAUAGUAUUGAAGUCCCCAGUUCGUCAAAAAAUGACGCGAAGGGUAUACCCUCCGCGUAACAUAUUGACGCAUGGUCAAGUGGCGUCAAAUAUUGACGCCAUGGGGUGAGGAUGGGCUGGAUUAUUUACAAGUUUGACCUAAAGUGUCUUGAAACACCAUUCAAUUUAAAACAUUAUAUGCAUAUAAAAUUAACACAUAUUAUUUUAAAUCUGUAGAGUUAUUUUUAUACAAAUAUAGACUAAUCGUAUAGAAAAAUUAUUAUGAAGCAUGAUAGUGUGUUGAGGAUACAAUCUAACAAAAAAGUGAUAGUUGUAGGAGUAAGCAGGGCACAAACUACUGUAACACAGGGUUGAUUAUAAAAUGGAUGUUUUUGUUACACAAGCUCAAGCUAUCUGUGUGUUUGGUCUUUUUCUCUCACUGUUAGAUGAUCUCUUGCAAAUCUGUAAAAAUAUAUGAUUUUGUGUUUUUAUUAUGAUAAUGGACAAACAGUACUUUGAAUGUAUUAAAGGAAAUUUCUUUGUCAUAUCCUUUUAUCAGAAAUUCUGAUUCAGAAUGUAAGUUGAGUGUGUGUGUCACCAAUUAUCUUAUUCACUGACUUGUUCUCUAAUACAUAACACUAUUUUGAAACAUGUCAGCAAUUCCCUGCAACUGUUAGCUAGACCUUUUUACACAGUGGGUUCAGUAUAUUCCCAGCAAGCAAAAACCAAGACGUUGAAAUGACGGCUAACUAUAGACCCAAUAUAGACCGGCUAUGAGUAACCCACUUCUACCCUAUAUAGCCUUGAAUUUGGUUACAUGCCAUUUUUGCCAAAAUAACUUGAAGAUGUAUGAUAUUCCAACAUGCAGGCAAAGUCAACAGAUGUUCAAGGUGUUUGCUUUCAUUUGUUUUAAACUUAUAUGUAUCGUCUAUUCUUGGGCUAUGGUAGACGUCUAUUAGACUUUCACUGACAGCCCAAAUUUAGCCUGGUUUUAGCCCAAAUUGCUUGCUGGGUUGUAGCGAAAUGACAACAAUUUACAAUGAAAUGAAAACAAUGUAAAUUCUAUUAAUCAAAAUGAUAACUGUAAAUACAAUAACAGGGGAAAUGAUGGACCAUUAUGAUUAUCUGUCACAAUUUUUUGGCUCUUACAAAAAUAUGUAUUAAUCCAUAAUAACAACAUGAGGGAUGUGUGCAUCUCAGUUUCAAACAAUAUCCAUGUUGGGUUAUUUUCAACCCAGCAUUUGGUUAAAAGGGAUGAGCCCAGCCGCUGGGUGAAAUUAACCCAGA